AAAGUUAACCUCUGGGAAAGAUAUCGCGGGCUCGAAAUUUGCCGGCGAAUGUGGAACAUGCGCCUUAUCGCGGAGAGAAAUGGAAGUUCUUCUGCAAUGGCAAGCCAGCAAGUGACGGAAGAUCUGAAGGCAUUUGAACGAAGGCUUACGGAGUAUGUGUCAUGUUUAGGUCCACAAACCGGAAGAUGGAGACUUAUCCUUGUUAUAUCAUCAGUUGCUACUGCUGCAGGUGCCUGGGGAUUAAUAACAGAUAAUCAACAUGUAAGUUUUUUUGAAGCGUGAAAAUCAACGCUUAAAUAUACCAAGUUCAAAUCAUACUGAGACUUGGGUAGCAAAGUUUCUAUCUAUCU